CAAUAGAAACAUUUGCAAACACGCAACUCCGUGUACUGCGCUACGGCCAAUUGAUCGCAUCGAAAAACACACACUACACACACUGCACGCCACCCCAAAACAAAUUCCCCGCCUAUAAAAGCCCAACCAUCAACCUCCCGAGAAGACAAGCCUAAAGAGAGGGAGAAACAGAAGACUACGAAAACCAUGGAACGCUCCUCCAGCAUCACCAAGAAAAACGAUGGCGACGACGCCGAUAAGAAUUUGAGCGAGCAGUUGGUGGGCAGCGAGGAGAAAGAAGAGUCCGUGGAGAAGAUAUUCGAGAGCCGGGAGGUGCCGCCAUGGCAGAAGCAGUUGACGUUCAGGGCGUUUAUUGUGAGCUUUGUUUUGGCUGUUCUCUUCACCUUCAUCGUGAUGAAGCUGAAUCUGACGACAGGGAUUAUCCCUUCGCUCAAUGUUUCCGCGGGGCUUCUGGGGUUCUUCUUCGUCAAGACGUGGACGAAGUUUCUUGAGAAAUCUGGGCUUUUGAAGCAGCCUUUUACCAGGCAGGAGAAUACUGUUAUUCAGACCUGCGUUGUCGCCGCCUCCGGCAUAGCCUUCAGCGGAGGUUUUGGAAGUUACCUUUUUGGCAUGAGUGAAGUUGUUGCAAAGCAAUCUACAGAAGCUAAUGAUGCCCUAGAUAUUAAGAAUCCGUCACUUGCAUGGAUGAUUGGAUUCCUCUUUGUCGUUAGCUUUUUGGGACUCUUCUCUGUCUUGCCCCUCCGGAAGAUAAUGAUCAUAGAUUUCAAACUGAUUUAUCCAAGUGGGACGGCUACCGCUCAUCUGAUCAAUAGCUUUCACACUCCUCAGGGAGCCAAGCUAGCUAAGAAACAAGUGAGGGCCUUGGGGAAAUUCUUCUCUUUCAGCUUCCUGUGGGGAUUCUUUCAAUGGUUUUUCACUGCAGGAGACGACUGUGGAUUUGUGAAUUUUCCUACCUUUGGUCUGAAAGCCUAUGAGAACAAGUUUUACUUUGAUUUCUCAGCAACAUAUGUUGGUGUUGGCAUGAUAUGCCCCUACAUUAUCAACAUAUCGUUGCUUGUUGGAGCUAUCCUAUCCUGGGGUAUAAUGUGGCCGCUCAUAGAGCAAAGGAAGGGCGACUGGUACUCUGCUGAAUAUCCUUCUAGCAGUCUCCAUGGUUUGCAAGGUUACAAGGUCUUCAUAGCUAUAGCCAUGAUCCUUGGUGAUGGCAUCUACAACUUCUUUAAGGUUCUUGGCCGCACUUUAUUUGGGAUGUACCACCAACUCCGUAACAGAAAUGUCCUUCCAGUUGGCAGCCAGUCCUCUCCUUCACCUCCUGCUUUAUCUUAUGAUGAUCAACGUAGAACCCAACUGUUUCUCAAAGAUCGAAUCCCCAUGUGGCUUGCUAUUGUCGGCUACGUCACCAUAGCAAUUGUCUCUGCGGCAACGCUUCCACAUAUCUUUGCCCCGCUUAAAUGGUAUUACAUUGUCAUCAUAUACAUAUUUGCCCCAACUCUAGCCUUCUGCAAUGCAUAUGGAUGCGGGCUUACUGACUGGUCAUUGGCAUCUACAUACGGGAAGUUAGCAAUAUUUGUCAUUGGUGCAUGGGCCGGAGCCGGCCAUGGUGGUGUUCUUGCCGGGUUGGCUGCCUGUGGAGUCAUGAUGAAUAUUGUGUCGACUGCAUCUGAUCUCACACAGGACUUCAAGACUGGGUACAUGACCCUUGCAUCUCCACGAUCCAUGUUCGUGAGCCAGGUUAUCGGAACGGCAAUGGGUUGUGUUAUUUCGCCUUGUGUGUUUUGGCUCUUCUAUAAGGCCUUCAGCGAUCUCGGCGUACCUGGUUCACAAUAUUCUGCACCCUACGCUCUUGUGUACCGCAACAUGGCAAUCUUGGGGGUUGAAGGAUUUUCGGCUUUGCCAAAGCAUUGUCUUACAUUGUGUUACAUCUUUUUUGUUGCAGCUGCUGUUAUCAAUGGCAUCAGAGAUGCUGUUGGACCAAAAUGGGCGAAAUUCAUUCCUCUUCCCAUGGCAAUGGCAAUUCCAUUUUAUCUUGGAGGGUACUUUACUAUCGAUAUGUGUGUUGGGAGCUUAAUACUUUUUAUUUGGGAGAAGAUUGACAAGGUUAAGGCUGAUGCAUUUGGACCUGCUGUAGCUUCUGGAUUGAUAUGUGGAGACGGCAUAUGGACAUUGCCUAGUUCAGUUUUAGCUUUGGCAGGUGUAAAGCCACCGAUUUGCAUGAAGUUUCUGUCGAGAAAAGCAAAUGCAAGGGUCGAUACUUUCUUAGGUUCUUAGUAGAUAGCUAAUCCCUCUCUGCUUUAGGUUUCAUCAAGUUCCUGUAUUUCUUUUUCUCCUUAAUAGUUGUUUGCUCGUUUUUAAAACCUGGAUCUGUCAUGUUUCAUGGUUGGCGUUUGUGUAAAUAUACUUCGAUUUCAAAUUGUUAUGAUAGAUGGAUGACAAAGCUUA